AUGGCACGCGCCCAGGCAUCCCCAUCAGAGGCUGCCAACGAGCCCGUCAAGCUCGCCGACAUUGGCGCGUGGAAGACGGCGUUGUUGUCGGGGAGGCCGGCCCUCUCACACCUGAACGCCGACACGACGUGGCUGUCCGAUGUGGCCUCCUGGUUCUCGACACAAUGGUACGUUGAACCGCCAUUUGUACGAACGAUCAAAGAGCUGAGCGAUGUGAUCGCCCAGCUAGAGGGAGAUCACGAAAUUAUGCGACCGCCAUCACCUGCGGCGGUACGCGAGAGGGAUGCACUUAUUGAUGCAGUGGUUGUCUCCCACGAGUUCACGGAUCACUGUCGCCGCAAAACACUUGAAGAGCUGCCGAAUAGCACGCCCGUGUUCGCCACCGACAAGGCCGCCAGGCUUAUUAGCACGUGGAAGCACUUCAGCAGGCUCGGCAUCGGGAGGGUUGUUUCCCAAGGCAACGCCCUGUACUACCACUCGGCCGUGGCCAUUGUGUUUGAGCUGCCAUCCGCCUCUCACGGGGAGAACCUGGCCGACUUCAGGGGAUGCCUGGGGAAUGGGAUUGAGACUCUCGCGCUCCUUCACGGGCUCAACGACGUGCGGAUCUGGAUGACGUCACAGCUGAACCUGGGCGCGCUCAACGGCAUCGAGGCCGCACGUGCCUGCGGAGCCAAAUACUGGGUUGCGACGCACGACGAGGCGAAAAGAGGGGCCGGGUUCAUCUCGUGGCUACUGCAUCGGAGGUCGUACACGCUGCACGAUGCGUGCAAAGACCAGUGCAGUGCUAGCACGCUUGGAAGAGCCCGCCAGUGCUGA